AUGACUAUUGCAGUCAAGAUAUUAGGCGCAAUUCACAAAUUUUGUAUAGCAGAUUUUAGUACAUGUACUGAUGACCUACCAACAGCCCAAUGUCUCACAUUGAAAAAUAAUCAUGAAUGUAUCUUUGAUAAAGCAGUAAAUGGAACAUCGUGUUUAUGUCAUGAAACUUGUAUAAGUUCUAAUUUAUGUCCAGCCGCAGAUGGACCACUAUUAGAUUCAAGGUGUGAUUGUAUACAUUAUUUGGACCAAUGUGGAGGGUAUACUACCCCUAAACCAGGUUGUCCCUUGGCUGCCUGGAAAACAGAUUGUUUUAGAACAGCAUAUUUCUAUGAUAUAAGUUUAUCUUGUAUCAAUAACAUCCAAUCCUGCUCCCAUACAGUUGGCAUUCCGGGUUUGCAGCAUGGUGGAGCGUUUAGGUAUGGUGAUAUAGAACAAUAUUGGUGUGCAGAUGGAUAUAAACAAAUUGGGGGUUCCAUAGGAUUGUCGAUUUGCUGGGAAGGUAAUUAUAUACAACACGGUGACUCUGGUGAAUAUCCUGUAUGUGAAUUGAUAACAUGUUCGGAUCCACCAAAAGUGCUAUACACCAACCCAAGUGCUACUCAAGUGUCAGUUUUUGAUGACAUCACCUACACAUGUCAGGAUGGUACAGAACAAAUUGAUGGCGGCGAUGGCAGGAUAAAAUGUGGUACUGAUGGUUUAUGGCAUCCUUGCAAUACAACUAUUAAUCCUAUAUGUAUAGGAGAUUUUGCCUUCUUUGUCAAACUACCAACCUUUUCACCAUCAGUUUUAUUAAUCACAUAUCAAAGUAGAAGUUCGAUUGAAUGUGCCAGUUUGUGUUUAAAUUUAUAUAUGUGUGUUGGUUAUACGUUCGAUUCUUCUAGCAGUAUAUGUAGUCUAAAUGAAAGUGGCGACCAAGAUGACAAUACUCAGAUGAUUCAGGUGUACCCAUAUUAG